UUCAGUCUGUCGAACGAAACGGGAAACGAAAGACGCCGCGUUGUGGCAACUAAGCAGAUGAUUAAUUAAAAUAACCUAUUAACACGAUGUUAACAAAUUACAAAUAAUGAAACGUAUAUAUUUUUGUACACACGCCUUGUACAAAUAGUCUAGCAAAACACCAAAAACACCAAAAAACACCAAAGUGCAUUUAAUACAACCGAAAAGUGUGUAAAGCAUUGCAAGCAAUAGGCAAAAAUCAUGGUCCAUUACUCAUGAAAAAGUGAUAAAAUAACGUGUUCACAUCGCAUUUUGAGUUGAAAAAGCGCAAAAUUCAUUUGCCAAAACAACCAAACCAAAAAGUAAAUAAAUAAAUAUCGAAGUGAACGUGAUACGUCCUCAACCCAAUUAGGAGUUAAUAAACAUAUAUAAACAUCAGCUAUCCACAAUGCGUCGCAACAUCAAAUUGAUUGUAUUCGUGAGCAUCAUCUGGAUGUUCGUGAUGGUCUACUACUUCCAGUCCAGCACAGAGAAGGUGGAAAAUCGAGCGCUGCGGCUACGUGAGGUGGCCACCGCCAUGCAGCAGUACCAGGACGACACCUCCUCGGCGAACGCAGCCUCCACCGUCCGCCAGUGGGCGCCAGCUGGCGGAGGAGCGGGUCCAGGAGCGGCGGCGGGUGGAGCAGCUGGCAGCGGGGCCGACGAUCCCGGUGGCAAUGUCAUCCUAAUCGGUUCGGUGAAGGACUUCGAGCGCAAUGCGGUCCACGGCCUCAAGUUGAACGGUAUUGUGGCGCUGGAGGAGACUUCGCAGGGUCUGAGUGGAGGAACUGGUGGACCUGGUGGUCGCUUGCCAGUGGCUCCCAGUGGCCGUGGCACCGAGGUGGAGUACUUCAAUGAGGCGGGCUACAUUCGGGCGGGCGCUCUGCGCAAUGGCGAAGAUCCCUAUAUCCGGAAUCGUUUCAAUCAGGAGGCCAGCGAUGCGCUGCCCAGCAAUCGGGAUAUACCCGACACCAGAAAUCCCAUGUGCCGAACCAAGAAGUACCGCGAAGAUCUGCCCGAGACGAGUGUCAUCAUUACCUUCCACAACGAGGCGCGGUCCACUUUGCUGCGCACCAUUGUGAGUGUCCUCAAUCGCAGUCCCGAGCACCUGAUACGCGAAAUCGUCCUGGUUGAUGACUACAGUGAUAAUCCUGAGGAUGGUCUGGAGCUGGCCAAGAUCGACAAGGUGCGGGUGAUCCGCAACGACAAGCGCGAGGGUCUGGUGAGGUCGAGGGUCAAGGGUGCGGAUGCCGCUGUGAGCAGUGUCCUGACCUUCCUCGACAGCCACGUGGAGUGCAACGAGAUGUGGCUGGAGCCUCUCCUAGAACGCGUUCGCGAGGAUCCCACCCGCGUCGUGUGCCCCGUGAUCGAUGUGAUCAGCAUGGACAACUUCCAGUAUAUCGGCGCCUCGGCCGAUUUGCGCGGCGGCUUCGACUGGAACCUGAUCUUCAAGUGGGAGUACCUCAGUCCCUCGGAGCGGGCGAUGCGUCACAACGACCCCACCACGGCCAUCCGGACACCGAUGAUCGCCGGCGGGCUGUUCGUCAUCGACAAGGCGUACUUCAACAAGCUGGGCAAGUACGACAUGAAAAUGGACGUGUGGGGCGGCGAGAAUCUGGAGAUCUCGUUCCGCGUCUGGCAGUGCGGUGGUAGUCUGGAAAUCAUACCCUGCAGCCGUGUGGGUCACGUAUUCCGCAAACGGCAUCCGUACACCUUCCCCGGCGGAAGCGGCAACGUCUUCGCCCGGAACACACGACGUGCGGCGGAGGUCUGGAUGGAUGACUACAAGCAGCACUACUACAAUGCCGUGCCCCUCGCCAAGAACAUUCCCUUCGGCAACAUUGAUGACCGUCUGGCUUUGAAGGAGAAAUUGCAUUGCAAGCCGUUCAAAUGGUAUCUGGAGAAUGUCUAUCCCGACCUGCAGGCACCCGACCCACAGGAGGUUGGCCAAUUCCGACAGGAUAGCACCGAGUGCUUGGACACAAUGGGCCACUUAAUCGACGGCACUGUGGGCAUUUUCCCGUGCCACAACACCGGCGGCAAUCAGGAGUGGGCCUUCACGAAGCGCGGCGAGAUCAAGCACGAUGACCUCUGCCUGACCCUGGUCACCUUCGCCCGGGGCUCACAGGUGGUCCUGAAGGCGUGCGACGACUCGGAGAAUCAGCGUUGGAUCAUGCGGGAGGGCGGACUGGUGCGGCACUACAAGAUCAACGUGUGCCUGGACUCCAGGGAUCAGUCGCAGCAGGGCGUGAGUGCCCAGCACUGCAACUCGGCACUGGGCACGCAGCGGUGGUCCUUUGGGAAGUAUGCGUGAGGAAGAGGACUUGGUUUCGAGUAAACUAAAUGGAGGAUAAUGCAGGAUCGGUCGUGAUAUACGUGCAAGUUGAUGGGAGGAAGCCUACCUAACGCGAUGCGGAUUGUAUGUGUACUGUACUGUGUACUUGUAAUGAUUUACCCAUGUUCAUUUGUUGCUGAACGCAAGCACUCAGACACCAUAUAUAUACAUAUAUAUACAUAUAUAUAUAUAUUAACUGCAUGGAUACGGAAUAAGUUCAGCUUUAGUUUAAAAUCAAAUCAACUGCUCGCGGGGGGUUCAUGUUAAACGCUACCUAAACAAAACAAACCAACAUAUAAAGGGCAUACAAAAAAUGUACUUAGACUGAUUAAUUUUUUGUAUAUGUAUAAAACUAUAUGAAAAUCAAAUGAUACUGCAACCCUAAUGCAACCUUUGGCAGCUGAUUAACACUUAACACUAAACUGUAACUAAUUUGCAUUCACACGCGGCACACAUUCAUUCAAGUCAAUUAAGAUCUAUACGAAAAUGCCACAAAUUAGUAUCCACAUAUGGUCCGUUUCAAAAAAAAAACCUAGAUACCCAAGCUCAGAGUCUUCUCAAACUUGUACUUAAAAUAAAACAUGAAAUGUUAUCAUUAGUUCUAAUUAUACACCUAAGUGAAAUCAUUUAAAAAUCAUUGACAACUGUGUGAAAUAUGUAUGUGUAUAUAUUGAGAAAGACAUUUUAUUUGAAUGUUUAUCGAAGGCCAAAAAACAAAGCAAGAAAGAACAUUUCGUUUAAAUGCAUUAAACAUUUAAAUACUGCUGGCAAAGCGUAUAAAUUGGAUUGCCUCUUGUGUUUAACAAUCAAUUGGUUGUUAUUUCGAAUGCAUAAAUCAUUUGAAGUUUUAAAAGGAAGAUUUGGUUGCUUUUUAUCACCGACAGACAACCGAAUCGAAUUGUGAGCAUAUUUUUACCAAUAAAUUCUCUUAAUUAAAAUGGCUGGCAAAAACACGAAUGAUUUGAAAUAAAGACGAAAAGACACAAA